AUGGAGUGGGUGGCUCAGGGGGUGAAUGAAAGGGACAGCAGGUGGUUUCACCCCAACAUCAGUGGGAUUGAGGCAGAGAAGCUCCUCCUGACCAGGGGUGUCCAUGGCAGCUUUCUGGCUCGACCCAGUAAGAGCAACCCGGGAGAUUUCACACUCUCUGUCAGAAGGAACGACGAGGUGACACACAUCAAGAUCCAGAACACAGGGGACUACUACGACCUGUAUGGAGGGGAGAAGUUUGCCACCCUGGCAGAGCUGGUGCAGUACUACACCGAGCAGCACGGGCUGCUGCGGGAGAGGAACAGCAACGUCAUCGAGCUCAAGUACCCUCUGAACUGCCAGGACCCCACCUCGGAGAGGUGGUACCAUGGGCACCUCACUGGCAAGGAGGCAGAGAAGCUCCUGACAGAGAAGGGGAAGCCAGGGAGCUUCCUGGUGAGGGAGAGCCAGAGCAAACCAGGAGACUUUGUCUUGUCAGUGCUGACCAACGAGGAUAAGAUGGAGACUGGGGAUCGGAAACCGCACGUGACCCACGUGAUGAUCCAUUACCAGCCCGACGGGAAGUACGACGUGGGGGGGGGAGAGAGGUUUGACACCCUCACAGACCUGGUGGAGCACUAUAAGAAAAACCCCAUGGUGGAGAAAUCUGGAGCUGUGGUUCAUCUGAAGCAGCCCUUCAAUGCCACGCGCAUCAACGCAGCCAACAUUGAGAACAGGGUGAAGGAGCUGAACAAAAUGGCAGAUCACAGUGAGAAGGCCAAGCAAGGGUUCUGGGAAGAGUUUGAGAUGUUGCAGCAGCAGGAGUGCAAGCUCCUCUACCCCAGGAAGGAGGGACAACGUCCAGAGAAUAAGGCAAAGAAUCGCUACAAGAACAUCCUCCCCUUUGAUACCACCCGGGUGGCACUCCGGGACGUGGACCAGAGCGUGCCUGGCUCAGACUACAUCAAUGCCAACUAUAUCAAGAGCAUCCCAGAAGAUGGAAGGAACUCAGAGCACUGCAAGGUCUACAUUGCCACCCAGGGCUGCCUGCAGACCACGGUGAAUGACUUCUGGGCCAUGGUUUAUCAGGAGAACAGCCAUGUCAUUGUCAUGACAACCAAGGAGGUGGAGCGGGGCAGGAACAAAUGCUUCAGGUACUGGCCGGACAAGGGCUGCAGCCGGGAGUACGGCGGGAUCCGCGUGCGGAACGGCGGGGAGCGUGAGGCCCAGGGCUACUACCUGCGGGAGCUGGAGGUGCUGCGGGCUGGGCAGGACGAGCAGCCAAGGCUGGUGAAGCACUACCAGUACUUCAGCUGGCCCGACCACGGGGUGCCCAACGAGCCCGGGGGGGUUCUCAGCUUUCUGGACCAAGUGAAUCGGGCUCAGCGGAGCAUCCCAGGCACGGGGCCCAUCGUGGUGCACUGCAGUGCUGGAAUAGGACGCACAGGAACCAUCAUAGUGAUAGACAUCCUGGUGGAUAUUAUCCACAGGCAAGGUCUGGACUGUGACAUUGACAUCCCCAAGACCAUCCAGAUGGUGCGGAGGCAGCGCUCGGGCAUGGUGCAGACAGAGGCUCAGUACAAGUUUGUCUACAUGGCUGUUCAGCAGUACAUCGAGGCUGAGCAGAAGAGGCUGGAGGAAGAGCAGAGGAGUAAAAGGAAGGAGCGAGACUACCUGAAUAUUGGUUACCCCCCCAUGGAAAAAGGCAGAGCCAAAGGGCAGCCCCCCUCACCACGGGCCCAGUCUGUGGCUGAGGAUGAGUCAGCUUCCCUCUACGAGAACCUGAACAUCAAAAGCCCAAAGGUUUCAGGGAUGAGUAACACGGGGCGAUAA